GCCGCUGGGCCUGCAGAGGGCGACGCUCUGCCCCUCCUCCUCCGGCCUGAGCGUGGGGCCCUCUUGGCCACCGGGCCGGCUCGUUGGCGCUGGUGGGCGACGUGGAUGCGGAAGUGGCUGGCAGCGGAGGAGCUGGGCGGCGCGGAUCAUGGCCAAAGCUGGAGGAAAAGGAGUGAACCUGAAAGACAAGCUUGAUGGCAAUGAAUUGGACUUGAGCCUGAGUGACCUGAAUGAAGUACCAGUCAAAGAACUGGCUGCUCUUCCAAAGGCUACCAUAUUGGAUUUGUCCUGUAACAACCUCACUUCCCUACCGUCGGACUUCUGCAGUUUGACCCAUGUGGUGAAACUUGAUCUGAGUAAAAAUCAGCUUCAGCAGCUCCCCUCAGACUUUGGUCGCCUGGUUAACUUGCAGCACCUGGACCUCCUGAACAACCGAUUAGUCAUCUUACCAGUCAGUUUUGCACAGCUCAAGAAUCUGAAGUGGUUGGAUCUGAAGGACAACCCGUUGGAUCCUAUCCUGGCCAAAGUGGCAGGAGACUGCCUAGAUGAGAAGCAAUGUAAACAGGCUGCUAUCCGAGUGCUGCAGCAUAUGAAAGCUAUCCAGUCCGAGCAGGAUCGAGAGAGGCAACGAAGGCUACAAGCAGAGCGAGAAAUGGAGAAGAAGCGUGAAGCAGAGCAGCGAGCAAGGGAGGCUCAGGAGAGGGAACUACGGAGGCGAGAGAAGGCAGAAGAGAAGGAACGAAGGAGACGGGAGUAUGAUGCACUAAGAGCGGCAAGGCAAGAGAUGGAAACACAAACAAAAAAAGAAAGCAGUGAAAUCCCAAAGCUUUCAUCAGUUUCUCAUCCAUCUCAGCUGCCCCGGCACAGGCGCUCCUGGUUCCAGGCAUUGUUGAAGCUGCUGCUUUUGAUGUUCCUGUGUGCCCUUAGUACUGUGGCUGUUUGCCGCGUGACGGAGCUGCAGCGCCAGUCUCUGUGCAUCAGCGUGAACGUGCUCUAUGAAGAUGUGGUUACUGCUCUGCAAAGCCACAAAAUUGUGCAAAAUAUAUUACAUCAGAACUCUCAGCAAUGAUGCUGCUACCUGGACAUGUGCAUUGUCAGCAUCUCUUGCCACCAUUGACACAGCCAGAAUUCCUAUGGAAUUGUGUUCUGGUGAAACUGUCUUUAAUCAGUCAGCACUGGAUUUGCUGGUCCAUUCAGAACAGAGCAGAACUACUGCUUAGAUCAUUUUUGUUGUGCUUGUGUCUCAGAUGGUCUGCAACUCCUGUCGUUUGCUUAUAUUAAAUUAGAACAUGUUAAGACUUUCUCCCUCACUAAUGGAGCAGGAGGUUGCCAGUCAGAGGAGUGAGGAAAGCCAUAACCCAUCUGGGUAACUAUGGCCCUGUAAGGAGGUGGAGUAUAUCCAUCUUCUUGCUGACACUUGCAAGAAGGUUCAUGCAAACCUUUGCUAAAGUCAGGGGUGGGGUGGCUGUAUGGUAUAGAAAUAUACAUAAGCCCAUUCCAGGACCAAUCAGAAGUAUGUAGGAUGGCUGUGUAUUGAUACAUCAGAGUGGUGGAGUGAUGAAAUGCUAUUGAAAUAAGAAUUGUCAGCUUUGUCAAUAUAACAGUUUUCGCAGCA